GCACUGGGCGCGUCCUCCGGGCGGGCCGGGGCCGGGCAAGGGGCGGGGGAGCAGCGGGCGGCCAACUGCGGUCCCCAGGGAGCGACUGUGGCGGGCUUGUCGGCACUUGUAGAGGAGGAUGGAGGCAGAGGGCCGGGUACCGGAGCCGUCGCUGUCCCAGCCUGUCCCUGCCGGCGGGGGAGGGGCCGAGGCCGAUCGCUCACUGGGUGUUCCUCGCGGGGUCCGGGAGCCGCUGGUGGCCGCUGCCGAGGUGCUGGCUUUGGACGAUGAGGAAGAUGACCUGGAGGUGUUCAGCAAGGAUACAUCACUGGCUGAGGUAAACUCAUUCAGUCCUUCCAUACCAAUAUCCCUCUCAUCAAUGACAAACCAGUAUAAAUGUGAAGAUGAACCAGAGUUGAGAGAUCUCUUCAUUACAGUCGAUGAUCCUGAAAGCCACAUUACAGCCAUUGAAACAUUCAUUACAUACAGAGUACUCACAAAGACAUCUCGUGGGGAAUUUGACUCCAGUGAAUAUGAAGUUCGAAGACGUUAUCAGGAUUUUCUUUGGUUGAAGAGCAAACUUGAAGAAGUACAUCCAACACUGAUUAUUCCUCCAUUGCCUGAGAAAUUCAUCAUGAAAGGAAUGGUGGAACGAUUUAGUGAGGAAUUCAUCGAGACUCGAAGGAAAGCUUUACAUAAAUUUUUGAAUCGCAUCGCUGAGCACCCAACUUUAACUUUUAAUGAAGACUUCAAAAUCUUUCUGACUGUGCAAGCCUGGGAACUCUCCUCACACAAGAAGCAGGGUCCCGGUUUGCUGAGCAGAAUGGGGCAGACGGUCAGAGCUGUAGCAUCAACAGUAAGAGGAGGAGUUAAAAAUCGUCCUGAAAUAUUUACAGAAAUGAACAAUUACAUGGAAACAUUUAGUCAGAAAAUAAGUGUGCUAGACAAGAUAGCUCAUAGAAUUUACAAGGAGGAAAGAGAGUAUUUCAAUGAAAUGAAAGAGUAUGGCCCCAUCCACACGCUCUGGUCAGCUUCGGAAGAAGACAUUGCAGACUCUCUGAAGGGUGUUGCCAGCUGCAUUGACAAGUGCUGCAAGGCUACAGAGAAGCGAAUGGCAGGGCUCUCAGAAAAUCUGCUGCCCGUUUUACAUGAAUACAUUCUCUACGGUGAAAUCCUGAUGGGUGUAUUGAAAAGGAGAGACCAAAUUCAAAGCGAGCUUGACUCCAGAAUUGAUGGUUUAGCCAAUAAAAAGACAGAAAAUUAUCUGUUAAUAAUUCAGUUCUCAGAAGAGAUUGGGAAACUUGAAGACAAAGUUGAAUGUGCCAACAACAUUCUAAAAGCCGACUGGGACAGGUGGAAGCAGAACAUGCAGCGUGACAUGAGAUCAACAUUCACUAAUGUGGCUGAGAGCAAUCUCCAUUAUUAUGAAGAGUGCCUUGCUACAUGGGAAUCAUUCCUAGCAUCUCAAAGAGUGGAUCUCCAUGUGGAAAAGGAUUCUGAAGACUUGAGUAAUAUCUGUGCUUGAUCUCUUCUGCCUUGUCCAUGCAGUUUCUCUCAACCAAAGAAAUUAUUUAUAUGAGAUCAGAGGCAUUAUUAAAUGUAAGUGUUAAAAAUCAGUGAAGAACAGGAAGUCAGCUUAUCAAAAACUCAGGUAUUCUAGUCCUGAAAUGCAUUUUGGAAUGUGCUAUAUAUAGCUUUGCUGUAAUUUUACGUGGUUUUGUGCAAGAGUUUGCAUACAAUUCUUUUCAUAAAUAUUACAUAACUUGUAUAUGAACUAUUUUGAAUAUGUAAAGAUAAAUCCAUUUUAAUAAAAAAUGGAAUAACGAAAA